AAAGAUAUAGCAACGGUCUAUCUUCAGUUGGUUUCCUAGGAUAGCGGUGCCGUUGUAUAGCCGCCGUAAUACAAUGGCGAAUGACGUCACUGGAACGUUGUCUGACGUAAUAAUUGUUCGACGGUCGAGUUUGACCCCAUGUGCGAUAAGGAGAACCCACAGAAGAUAUCUUUUGAGGAUGUGUCCGCUGCGACAUUCAGGAUACAAAGUGGGAUCACUAAAACGCCCUGCGUGAAAUCUCAUAUGUCCUCCAAAUAUGGUAUGGAUAUUUAUCUAAAGAAUGACUUUCUUCAACAUACCGGUAGUUUUAAAGAAAGAGGAGCUCGUAACGCUUUACUCCUGUUAUCUCCAGAAAAUAAGGCAAGUGGUGUAAUUUCCGCCUCCCUGGGGAACCACUCACAAGCGCUUAGCUACCACGCGAACCAACUCAAAAUUCCCGUGUCUGUGGUGAUGCCUAACGUUGCACCCAUCAUGAAGAUAGAGAACUGCCGGUCCUACGGCGCCAACGUUAUAAUUCACGGACAUGACAUGAAAGAAGCGAAGUAUCAUGCCAUGGCGUUGGCCAAGGAAAAGGGGCUCACAUAUAUCAAUGGGUAUGACCACCCGCACAUUAUGGCCGGCCAGGGCACAGUAGGACUGGAAAUCUUGGAGCAAGUACCAGACGUAAACGCAGUUCUAGUCCCCGUGGGCGGCGGCGGCUUGUUGGCCGGAGUGGCCACGGCCAUUAAACAUCUCCAGCCACAUGUCCUUAUCUACGGCGUUGAGACAGAGAAAUGUCCUAGCAUGGAGAUGGCAAUGCAGCACGAGGAGCCCGUGAGCGUGGACAUACGCUCGACACUGGCAGACGGGCUCGCCGUGCCCACUGUCGGCUACAACGCCUUUCGCACCGUCAAGUCGCUCAUUGAUAAAUUGAUUACAGUAAACGAGGAUUGGAUUGCACGUGCGAUACUACGCCUUGUAGAACAAGAAAAGUACGUGGUGGAAGGUGGUGGCGCAGUUGGCGUGGCAGCCAUCAUGGCCGGCCUGGUGCCUGAACUUGCCGGGAAGAAAGUGGUAUGCAUUCUCUCCGGUGGUAACAUAGACACAACGAUACUGGGCCGCUGUUUGGAGCGGGGCCUCGCCGCAGAGCAAAGGCUGGUCAAGUUCAAAGUGACGGUGAGCGACCGGCCCGGCGGUAUCGCGGAGCUCUGCAAGCUCAUCGCAAGCAUCGGUGUCUCCAUCAAGGACAUAAUGCAGGAACGCGCAUGGGUCUUCGGGGACAUUUUUAGUGUUCGAGUAAAAGUGGUAUGUGAGACGCGGGGGCCUGAACAUUUGGAGCAACUUCGUAAUAUUAUCACGAGUACGUACAAGGAGUGGUACUUCGCUCGCGAGUGGGAUGAAAAUGAACGCAGACCGAGCACAAAUUCUAUUGACGACGUUUCGCAUUAGUUUUUCUUUUAGAUGAUAUUUGAUACAUUUUUUUUUAUAUAAGCGAUAGGUAUAGUAUAUCAAGAAGCUGUGAUAGCCUGGUCGUUAGGACGUGAAAAAAACCAUCGUGAGGAAACCUGCAUGCCUGAGAGUUCUCCAUAAAUGUUCUCAAACUUGUGUCAAGUGUAUCAAUCGGCACUUGACCAGCGUGGUAGACUAGGCCUAAACCUAUGAUAUUUACCUACCUAUUCAAGUAACGGUCGCCUAGGCAGAAAAGUAUCAAUUUUGUAGAAUUAGGUCGCAGGUUCGACUACUUAGGUACUUUUAUAUCAAGUCUAGGGGUUGUCUUAAUUUUACCUUUUACAACAAAUAUUAAAUGUAAGUACCUACUUUUAAACUACAGUUUUAUUUACUGUCUAUCUUCUAUUUGUUUCUGUUCUGUUCUCUGUGUGUUGUUUGUGUGUCUUGCAUUGUAUAAUAAGCUGUGAUAUUGUAAUAUAUAUAUUGUGAUGAUUUAUGCAGACAAAAUAUAAAACAUCAUUUGUUAA